AUCAGCUUCAGACCUCAGUUGAAUCAAGUCAUUAAAAAAAAACUUGGCAGACUGAGACUGCGAAAUUAUUAAAAUGAUCUGUAAGUAGAGUUGUGACUUAUUAGUUGUACUCACCUACAAUAAUAUAACUUUUUCAUCAUUUGAAGACAGUGGUUGUGAACUAGAGUGUAUUCUAGCGAUAAAGUGUGUGGUGCAAAGAAUGUCUACAUUUAAACAAAUAGGUAUGUACAAGAAGAUGAAGCGGAUUUUACUGAUCUUUACGUCAAUUUGGAAAAUCAUCGACGCCAACAGUAUCCCAAAUGGCAUGCCUUAUGGAAACCCAAUUGUAGCAGUGUAUCCUUGUAAUGAUUCAAGAGAUAUAGUUGUAUGGUAUGAUACUACCCUGCCACCGAAAGAAAGGAAUCAGUACUACUUGUAUGUAAACAAAGCAUUGCCUUUACACGCUUCUAUAGAAGUUAAGUUUAAUGCCGAUGUGAAUAUUAUUAUGCAAAUCAGAACGGCAAAUAACACGUUCACGACACUUUCCAUGAGAAAUGGUACAAAUGUAUCUCAGCAAUAUAGGACAACUGAUCCGUAUCACAUUUUCUACGGCUACAAGGUGAAGGGAACUGCUCCCGGAAGGAUCCCUUAUGUGACCAGCGUCAAAAUCAAUAACGUAGAAUACUGCAAUCAACCGAAUUUGCACUUUCUUGAUGCAUACGCUGCGGACACCGUUGACGAUAAGACUCCCCAAAAUUGCGGUAGACGCAAAAUUGGCCAUGUCGAACUGAUAGUUAAUGGCGCCCAAACAAAACCAGGCGACUGGCCGUGGCAUACGGCAGUAUAUAAAUUUGACUACCCAUCUAUUAAAUAUAUCUGUGGUGGAACUCUUCUCUCCAAACAUUUUGUUUUAACAGCUGCUCACUGCGCUAGUGUGAGGGGAGUCUCACUUUCGGCAGAUAUUCUGAGCGUUGUUCUUGGGAAAUACAAUUUGUUUGGAGGCGAUGUCGGAUCUCAAGAAAGAGAAAUUCACAGAAUAAUCAUCCACGAAGAAUUUCAAUAUCGGUAUUUACAUAAUGAUAUUGCUCUUCUGAAGAUGAAGACUGAAGUUGUAUUCACAGACUACAUUCAACCAGCUUGUCUAUGGUAUGAUAAAGCUAGUGAGAAAUUGCUGACUGAUGAAAUUUUGGGCACGGUUGUAGGCUGGGGUUUUGACAGCAGUGAUACCUUAUCACGCACCAUCAGACAAGCGCAGAUGCCCAUCGUGGCAGAUAGUGUUUGCAUGACAAGUAACCCGAACUUCUACACUUCAAUUCUAACCGAUAAGAAAUUCUGCGCUGGUUACCGAAAUCAGACUUCAGCCUGUAACGGUGAUAGUGGCAGCGCUUUCCAAGUCUUCAUUCCAGACAUGGUGCAGCGAAACGUUGACACACGCAAUCCAGGGACAUGGCUUGUUCGAGGCAUAGUAUCACUGACAGUUUCCCGGGAAUACGCCGCUAUAUGUGACCCAGACCAGUAUGUGGUGUUCACAGAUGUUGCCAAGUAUAUCAGUUGGAUUCAAAAUUAUAUAUUGGAUUAAAAAUAGACCUAUAGGUACUAGUGCCGAUUUUGAUGACACUUUUAUAUACCGACUAGAAUAUAUUUUUUCUGCUAAUGCAAUUUGGAAAAGUAAAAAUAGCCUUUGAAAGUUUGAAUCACACGACCGAUAUUUGAGAGGCAGCACUUA